AUGGUUGGAUCAAGGCAUUUGCGAGGGACCGUACUCUCACGGUAAGACCUAUGCUUUGUUUAUUUUUUUCGCAAUAUCUCAGCUUUUUAAAUAGCUUUUUUAUCGUUACUUCUUUGUUUACAGAGUUCGCAACCUUCUUCGUUCGGGUGGAAUAAAAAAGCCACCACUUUGGUUUCCAGUAGUCGAGGCAUUUCCUCCCUUAAAGGAGACGAAACUGACUAGAAAAGGUGACGAAGAGUUGAUGCACAAGAUUCUAUACCCUGAAGAUGAAUUCAGAAGGUAAGGCUUCAUGAAUUGUAAAUUUUAUCAAAGUUAGUAUCACGCUGGCUCAGGAUAUUGGAUAUGGCAGUUGGAAACUAGGAUUUGCCUUUUCCAUUAUUAUUUGAUCGAAAAAUGGGUUUUUAUUCGUAAACAGUGGGAUUUGGCCCAACAGUUGUAGCUUGGAUUUAAGAGAACAUGGGAUCUUGAAAAAAAUUAGAUGAUCACAUGAAUUUUUCUGUUUCCCAUUGCCAGUCUAUUUUUUUUGGCAAAGGAGAAAUAGUGAUCACUCUAAUUUUUUUUAGAGGAAAUUCGAUGAGAUAUGAAACAAUUUAUGCUGAUGGCCUUGAGCUGGGAAAAUGAUGUUAGUAAAACCCUCUCCCCCAACCACCCUGCCUUCUUUCAGAAACCCCUCAUUUUCCAUAAUCAGUAUAAAUAAUUUAAAUCCCCUGUAGGCAUGUUUGAAAUUUUGGAGUCAUCCUGCACUCAUUAGAAUGAGAGAAUCAUGACGUGCAUCCAGUAUUCUCCCUUGUUUUAAGCACAUUGGGUACAAUAAUUUUUUUUAAACCAGUGGAAGAAUUUUUUUACUUGUCAAAUUCUCAAGAAUUCCUUGUGAUUUUAGGCGAUAUGAAGAGAUACAUUUUACUGGUUACUGCUUAAAAGGAGAACACUGGUACUGAUAUACUAACAGUAUCUUAUUGAAAAACAUGUACUGGUAUAAUGCUUCUAUAGCUUUGUGAUAAAAAUAUUUAAAGUUUCCUUGUGAUUCUGAAAUUUCUUUUAAUAGUAUCAUAUUGACAGAGAGAGUGAAUUAAACUGAAUUAUCACUUGGAGGUCUUUCACCAGCGCUCAUCACUCCAACAUCCACAGUGUCUCCUAGCAACUGUACAAAACUCAGUGGUAAUGUUAUUGAUAUCUUCUUGAUAUCAGGCUUUUUUACAAGAGAUUCAAUACAAGCCAGCCUCUGUCCCUGUGGGGAGAACAUCAUUCUUACUGUGACAGGUAAGCAGCUUGAGAAAUGGAUGUUUCUGAACAAAGAGAACUUUCAGCUAAAACCAUGGCUCUAGGCUGGAACUGCUUUAGCCUCAACAGAAGGGAGGAAAGAAUUUUGGGGACAAAAUUUGGGGUGAAAGGUGCUAAGUUAGGAACCUGUGUUUAACAUAGUAAGCUGUAGCAUGAUUAUUGCUUAUAUUUGCAUACCAUAACAACAACAACAACAACUUUAUUUUUUCACCCCAAAAUAUACAAGAAAGAAAAAUUUAUAAUAAUAGUACAGACAAUGAUAGGGGCGCUGGCUGCCCGAAAUAACCCAAGAGUUAAAAAUGCCAGGCAGCCAAGUUAAAAAUGCCAGGCAGCCAAUGUUACCAUGUUAUCAUAGUGCUCUGUCAUUCUUUUUAAGAUAAUUUUUAGUUGUCGACUGACUUUUAUGCCUUGAGAUGGUGCUUGAACUUCAAAAAUAAAUUAUUUUUCCGUGGCACUGUGCAUUUCUACUGGCAACCAAUUGGUGAUUGAAGGCCACUAGCCUUAAAAAAGUUAUCUAGGAUAUAUAUAUAUAUAUAUAUUAACUUGAUUCUUACAUUCGAAAUUUUAUACAAUUGUAUAAGUGACACUUAUGGCCAAUUUCAGAUUUGUGGAAGGAUGCAUGGAGAAAGUGAACAUGGGGUAUGACAAAGAGAAAGCAGUGGAAAGUAUAGUUAGGGAACUUUUCACUGGUCAAAGCACUGCAAUACCA